AUGCCGACAGCUAAUUUGAAUUUACCUUAUAGAUUCAGUGGCAUGACCACUGCUAUUCAACUCAAAAAGAAGCUGAAUCUUUCUGCAGAUAUAUUCGAAUCGACUGAAGACAUUGGAGGAACAUGGCACUACAAUCAGUAUCCACAAGCAGCCUCAGAUGUUCCCAGCCAUUUGUAUUCAUUCAGUUUCGAAUUAAAUCCUAAUUGGAGCCAAGAGUACAGCGGUCAAAAAGAAAUAUUUGAGUACAUGCGUAGUGUAGCCAGGAAGUACCACAUCUAUGAACAAACACAGUUCAACACUGAAGUGGUUCGUGCUUCCUGGAUUGAAAAGUUAAAAAAAUGGGAAAUUGAAUUGAAGACGAGUGGAUCAAAAGAAACGCAAACCAGACUUUAUGAUUUCAUUUUCUCUGGUGUAGGAGCCAUUCGCGUACCAAAUAUCCCCCAGGAAUUCCAAUCUUUCCAAGGGAAAAUCAUCCAUUCGUCUUAUUGGGAUAAUGAUUACGAUUUCACAGGCAAGACGGUCGCCAUCAUUGGUAGUGGCACAAGUUCCGUCCAAAUUGUGCCCCAUCUGGCUGCCAAGGCAUCCCAUCUCCACAACUACCUGCGCACACCUACAUGGAUCACUCCUCGCAACAACUACUAUUACCCUAAUUUCGUCAAGCGUUUAUUCAGCUUCUUUCCGUUCCUGAUGCGCAUCUACCGAGCCUAUCAGUUCUUUCUGCGAGAGCUUCGGUUUAGCGUUUGGGGUGAUGCUAAUUCGUGGUUCGCCAAAUUCUUUAGAAAGAGAAUGGAAAAGCAAAUGACUCAAUUGCUUGUAUCCAAAGGCAGACCUGAUCUCAUAAGCAAAUUGAUACCGGAUAUCACACCCGGAUGCAAACGUAUUGGCAUCUCUGACGACUACUUGCAAGCCUUGUGCCAAAACAAUGUUACAGUCAAUACCUCGCCUAUUGCCAGUGUUCAGGGCCAAACUAUCACCACCGUGGAUGGAUCGGAAACGCAUGUGGACGUGCUUUGUUUGGCAACAGGAUUCAAUGUUAAUGGAUUUUUGGGACAGAUGCAAGUAUACGGACGCAACAAUGUUCAUUUAAACAAGCUGUGGGACGAGAAUAGCGCCAAAACCUACAAAACUGUCAAUAUUCAUGGAUUUCCCAACUUUUUUAUGAUGCUUGGCCCUGGAUCUGGCCUUGGACACAACUCUGUGGUCACGAUGAUUGAAUGCCAAAUUGACUACGGUAUCAGAUUGUUGGAUUACAUUCUGAAAAACAAGAUUCAGUGUAUGGACCCCAAAAAAGAUGCGCAAGAAAGGUUUUUCACUCAAUUGCAAAAGGAUUUCAAGGGUACAACAUGGACGACAGGAUGCAAAUCAUGGUAUCAGAGCAAGCAGGCAGGGGAGAUCCAGUUCUUGUGGCCAAAGAAUGUAACUAGCUUCUACUUUAUGCUAAACAAACAGAUAGAGCACAGUAAGGAUUACAUAAUCAAUUAG